CUGGCCCGCGGUGGCCGGUGGGUAACGGAGACCUGCAAAGCGAAACUGCCGACUGGGAAGGGGGAACUACUGCCCUUGGGCCACCACGGCUUUCUGAGCGUAAUGGGCGUCCUCCAGGGCAGGAUUCCAAAUGCACCGUGGGUCCUGCUUGUUGGACUGGGGCACGUCCAGAGCCAAGAGCGAGGGCUCCAAUUUGGAAUGGAGGAGCACAUGGAAGGAAGGCUGCCCCGGCCAGCUGGAGUGCCAGCAGGUCUGAGGGACUCUAUGCAGCUGGCUGACAUGUCCCGGAUACCAUGUUCCUGACACCUAAUGGUUUCUUCAUGUGAAGGGGGCCAUGGUCAGCAGCAGCUCUGAAGGCACACCCUGUUAACAAGAAUGGGAAGAGACCGUAUAUACGUGCCAGGCACCAUCCUGGGCACUUCAAAGUCCACAAGUCAAGAAGAAAGAGAAAAAAGCAUUCUCCACUGCAAAUUUAGAGAAUCCACAGACAGAGUCUACAGUGGGCCGAUGUAAGUCAUGUCCCCACCACUAGAGCAAUUGCUGGGUCAAGAACCAGUGGAGCAACCGCCAGACGUGGACAUCUGACUACACACUGGUUGAAAACAUCAAGUCAGUGUUAACCUUGCUGCACGAAGAUGCUGCAGGCAUGGUCCCCCAGGAAGAGGAGCCUCAUUCUCAUUCGGCUUCAGAAGGGCACUAAAAGCACGUCAACUGAGUGAGUUUGGUUGCCCUCUUUCUACGCCUGGACUGCAACUCAAGAAGACUCUAGGGUAAUGCAGCCAUCCUCUGGCCGCGUGGAUCUCUGAUCAGGCAGAUCCCUGCCAUUCCCGGGAGCUGCUCAGUGCCCCGCAUCUGCCUCCCAUAAGACCGCGCCAGAGAGCUGGGCACAAGAUGAGCCAGCACACUGUCUGCUCAAGAUGCACCAGACCGUCCGACUGAGCCCCGCGAGCCCAAAAAUGUCUGCGUGCAGUGACUUUGUGGAGCACAUCUGGAAGCCCGGGUCCUGCAAGAACUGCUUCUGCCUGAGGAGUGACCACCAGCUGGCACCUGGCCAUCCCCAGCCUCGAGCAGGCAGCCUGCCUCCUCCACCUCGCCUGCCCCCCAGGGCGGAGACCUGCCGCCAGGAAGAUGACGCUGUGAACAGCUCCCCCUACUCCAAGCCCACCAUCGCCGUGAAGCCCACCAUGAUGAGCUCAGACGCCUCUGACGUGUGGACAGAGGCGAACCUGAGCGCCGAAGUCUCGCAGGUCAUCUGGAGACGAGCCCCCGGCAAGCUCCCCCUCCCGAAGCAGGACGACGUGCCGAUAGUUUACCUGGGCAGCUUCCGUGGCGUCCAGAAGCCUGCCGGGCCCUCCGUCUCCGCAGAUGGCCACUCUCGCUGCCCCCCUGCGUAUGCCAUGGUUGGUCUGCACAGCCUCGAGGCCCGGGGGGAGCGGAGCACUGCCUUCCACCCAGUGAGUUUCCCCAAUGAGAAGGGGGGGCGAGAAGAUAAACCCGUGUUUCCCUACCAGGAACUGACCUCCACUCAGGAGAGCUUCCGCCAGAAAGUGGCUGCCUUUGCCGGGAUGACAUCUGGCUGUCACAAGGGCGCGGGGCCCUGCCCCUCUCCACAGCCGCUGCGGGAGUCCCUGGCCUCGGAGGAUGACAGCGAUCAAAGGUGCUCGCCUUCAGGGGACAGCGAAGGGGGGGAAUACUGCUCCAUCCUGGAUUGUUGCCCCGGGAGCCCCACGGCCACGGCCACCUCACAGGCUGCGAGUUCUCGGUGCAGGCCUGGCGGAGGGGACUGCCCAGCAGUGUGCUGGGGGCAGGCAGUGUGUGCGGGGUCCACUGAGGAGCAGAAGCAUGUUGUGAGCUUCCCGAGGGAGUGCUGUAGCCAGGGCCCCGCGGAGAACCCUCCCCGCCUGGGUCCCAAGAAGCUGUCCCUGCCCUCAGAGGCGGCCGGUUCUUCAGACGGCCUCUCCUGUGGGAGUCCCAGCAGCGGGGCCAGCAGCCCCUUCGCCCCCCAUCUUGAGAGUGAUUACUGCUCCCUCAUGAAGGAACCUGUGCCAGGGAAGCAGCAGGACGCUGGCUCGAACAGGUGCCUUGGACUGACUGGGGAGCCCCAGCCUCCAGCCCACCCCAGGGAGGCUGUACAGCCUGAACCCAUCUAUGCUGAGAGCACCAAGAGGAAGAAGGCGGUUCCAGCGCCUUCUAAGCCACAGGCCACAGCGGAACACGCAGCAGCAGCUGCUCGGGGCCAGGGCCAGGUACGGACAGCUAAUGCCUGGGCUCCGAAAGCACCAUCUGGCUGGGGCCGGGACAGGGAAGGCCCAGAUAAGGUUCCCCAGGUGGCAGCCACCAUCACGGUCAUGGCAGCCCAUCCGGAAGAGGACCGCCGGACGAUCUACCUGAGCAGCCCCGACUCUGCAGUGGGGGUGCAGUGGCCACGCGGGCCCCUGAGCCAGGACUCAGAGGCAGGUGAAGAGGAGACUUCAGCUGGCCAGGGGCUGAGCUCCAGAGACAGCCACCGCCCCGACGCGAGUGAGAACACACCCAAGGGGAAGCCUGCCAUUCCCCCCAAGCUUUCCAAGAGUAGCCCCGGAGGGUCCCCAGUGUCGCCAUCUGCCUCCCCACUCUCUGACCUCAGCGAGGGGAGCACUGGGGGUGGUCCUGGACCCCAGGCUUUAGCCGGGGGCCCCACUGACUCUGCCUCCUCCUGCCGGGCCAAUGGCGUCGCCACCAAUGACUCUGUCUGGUGCCACCCACCUGCCGCCACUGCCUCAGCCUUGGACCAGCGGCGGCCCCGGUACCAGACUGGGGCCUGGAGUCGUCAGUGCCGGAUAGAGGAAGAGGAGGAGGUGGAGCAGGAGUUGUUGAGUCAAAGCUGGGGACGAGAGAUGGAAAACAGCAGCGCCACAGACCCCUCAAACUCCUCUGCCUGGCACCGUCUCCGCCCCACAGACGGCUCCUCUGGGCAGAGCAGCAAAGUCGGGACCGGGAUGAGCAAAUCGGCCUCUUUUGCCUUUGAGUUCCCCAAGGACAGAAGUGGGAUUGAAGUGUUCUCACCUCCUCCACCGCCUCCAAAGUCGAGGCAUCUUUUAAAGAUGAACAAGAGUAGCUCUGAUUUGGAAAAAGUGAGCCAGGGCUCCGCAGAGAGCCUCAGCCCUCCCUGCAGAGGCGUCCACGUCGGCUUCACCACGGGUUCCACGGACAGCCUGGCCUCGGACUCCAGGACCUGCAGUGAUGGAGGCCCUUCCUCUGAGCCAGCGCACUCCCCCACCAGCAGCGGGAAGAAACUCUUUGCUCCUGUUCCAUUUCCUUCGGGCUCCACUGAGGAUGUGUCCCCCAGCGGCCCCCUACAGCCCCCGCCUCUCCCCCAGAAGAAGUUAGUGAGCCGAGCGGCCUCUUCGCCUGAUGGCUUCUUCUGGACCCAAGGCUCCCCCAAGCCAAGAACAGCAAGUCCCAAGCUGAACCUCAGCCACUCGGAAACCAACGUCUGUGCCCACGAAGAGUCCCACUUCAGCUACUCCUCGAGCCCCGGGAGCCGCCACCAUCAUAUCUUCUCCUCUUCUGAGCCCCUGGAGAAAACUUUCAAAGGCAACGGCCACUGGGUGCCGGCACCAGGGCUGGCGGGCGGCCAGAGCGGCUUCGGGAGCCCCAGCCUCCAGUGCAAAGGGGUCCCCUCGGCCUCCCAGCUGAGCGUGUCCAGCCAGGCCUCCACCGGCAGCACCCAGCUGCAGCUCCACAGCCUCCUGGGCAGCAUCAGCAGCAAGGAGGGCACCUAUGCCAAGUUGGGGGGCCUCUAUGCCCAGUCCCUGGUCCGCCUCGCAGCCAAGUGUGAGGACCUCUUCAUGGGCGGCCAGAAAAAGGAGCUGCACUUCAACGAGAAUAACUGGUCACUUUUCAAACUGACCUGUAACAGGCCCUGUUGUGACUCGGGGGACGCCAUCUAUUAUUGCGCCACCUGCUCCGAGGACCCUGGCAGCACCUAUGCGGUGAAAAUCUGCAAGACCCCUGAGCCCAAAGCAGCCCCUUACUGCAGCCCUUCUGUGCCCGUGCACUUCAACAUCCAGCAGGACUGCGGCCACUUUGUUGCCUCGGUGCCCUCCAGCAUGCUCACCUCUCCUGACGCACCCAAGGACCCUCAGCCUGCACCCCCAUCACACCCGCCUGCCCAGGAGCAGGACUGCGUGGUGGUCAUCACCCCCGAGGUGCCCCACCAGACGGCCUCUGACUUUGUGCGGGACUCCGCCUCCAGCCAUCAGUCCGAGCCUGAGGUUUACGAGCGGCGCGUGUGCUUCCUGCUCCUGCAGCUUUGCAACGGGCUGGAGCAUCUGAAGGAGCACGGGAUCAUCCACCGGGACCUGUGCCUGGAGAACCUGCUGCUGGUGCACUGCUCCCCCCAGGCCUCCCCCGGCGCCUCCCCCGCCGCCCCAUCCCCUUCCCCGGCUGGGGCUCCCGCAGCGUGCCCCUCUGCCUCUCUCGCGGCUGCCGCCCCCGUCCCCGCCCCCGCCCCCGCCUGCCAGGGGGUGCCCAGUGAGAAGUACCUGCCGCGGCUCAUCAUCAGCAACUUCCUGAAGGCCAAGCAGAAGCCAGGCGGCACCACCAACCUGCAGCAGAAGAAGAGCCAGGCCCGGCUGGCCCCCGAGAUCGUGUCUGCCUCGCAGUACCGCAAGUUCGAUGAGUUCCAGACGGGCAUCCUCAUUUAUGAGCUGCUGCACCAGCCCAACCCGUUCGAGGUGCGGGCGCGGCUGCGGGAACAGGACUACCGGCAGGAGGACCUGCCCCCGCUGCCCGCGCUGUCCCUCUACUCGCCCGGCCUGCAGCAGCUCGCGCACCUGCUGCUGGAGGCCGACCCCAUCAAGCGCAUCCGCAUCGGCGAGGCCAAGCGGGUGCUGCAGUGCCUGCUGUGGGGGCCGCGGCGGGAGCUGGUGGAGCAGCCGGGCACGUCGGAGGAGGUGCUGUGCGGCACGCUGCACAACUGGAUCGACAUGAAGCGCGCCCUGAUGAUGAUGAAGUUUGCCGAGCGGGCGGCGGACCGCAGGCGCGGGGUGGAGCUGGAGGACUGGCUGUGCUGCCAGUAUCUGGCGGCGGCCGAGCCGGGGGCGCUCCUCCAGUCCCUGAAGCUCCUGCAGCUUCUGUGAGCGCGGCCCCCCAGCCCCGCCCUUCAGCCGCCCGCGCCUCCUCCCCACCCCACCCCCACCCCCACCCCUUGCACCCUGCCUGGCCUUGGGAACAUCUGUCUCCCCUGGGAAAUGGUACAAACGACUGUCAUACUUGGAUGUAAUAUAUAUAUAAAAUAUCUAAAUAAGAAA